AUGGCAGACAGCGAACUGGCGCCUAAAUUUGCGCCGUUCUUUUCCUUUGCCGGCAUUGCAGCUGCAAUGGUCUUUGGCGCGGGAGGAGCGGCCUACGGAACAGCCAAGUCGGGCAUCGGGAUCGCGGGCGUGGGCACCUUCAGACCGGAUCUGAUCAUGAAAUCCCUUAUUCCCGUCGUCAUGUCCGGUAUCAUCGCAGUUUACGGUCUCGUUGUUUCCGUGCUCAUCGCAGGAGCCGUCAACCCGAGCUCGACACAGAGUUUGUACACAGGAUUCAUGCAUCUUGCAGCUGGCCUUUCCGUUGGCCUUUCAGGUAUCGCUGCAGGAUAUACUAUUGGAGUUGUUGGUGACGCGGGUGUUCGGGCUUACAUGCAACAAUCUCGCGUCUAUGUCGGCAUGAUUUUGAUUCUGAUCUUCGGAGAAGUUCUCGGUCUUUAUGGCUUGAUUGUCGGCCUGAUCUUGAACUCGAAGUCUUGA